CAGCCGUGGAGGGAGGGAGGGAGGGAGGGGGGAUGGAGAAGUGCAGCCGGGUAGGUGAGCUGGAGGUACAGCCGGGAUGCUGCUGUCCAGUCCGCGCAGCUGCUCCAACUCCGCUGCACCCAGACAGCAUGAAGGAUCCGGAUGAUGCCGUCAGUGUUUAGAGAUUUAAUUUUUUUUUUUAGUGUAGCAGAAAUAAUGAACAUGCAAAGGUCCGGGAGCGGACGCACGACGCGUGGCGGCUCUCCGUCCUGACUGCAACGUGACGAGACGUCCGCUGACCGCGGAACCGACGGGUCCGACCUGCUGCGGGCUGCCUCCGGUCCAUUAAUCGAUCCUGGCUGUCGGUGACAGGCUGGUGGCUUUGAUCGCUGUGUGUCAUGGGAGAAAAGGGAGACUAAUGUUAUUCUGGUCGCUUCAUGUAUGAGAUCACCCUUGCGGUUCACCUUGGACUUAAAAAUACGCACAAGAGGCUGAUGGAGCGCCGGCCGGCGAAAGAGAUCAGCACAGACCCCUGUGGUCCCAACAUGCUGCCUGGACCCUGUGCAGUGAUCAGAGUGAGCCCAGCUUUACCUUCACGGCCUGCGCUCCCGGAGCCUCGUUCAUUCAAUCCAUCGGAGGGGCACAAAAAGCAGUCAGGACUGGGUCCCACGCUGGUGCCUGCGAAAGAGGCAGCCCGGAUGCAGUCGGGGGAGGAUAGGCCCACUCCACCGCAACUGGCAAGCAUAAGUCGGCCCAGACCGACUGCUCUCGGGACUAAAACGUCUUCAAAGCUCACCAAAAUCCCACUGGAGUCCUCUAAGGAAAUAGAUUUGAUCCCUGUUUGCAUUCCGGGUCCUCAAAGCGCCAGCGUAUUGCCACAUUCCACGUCAGAGCCCUCGUUCCCUCUGAACAGCCCCCAGAGCCCUCAGCCUUACCUAAAACCAACUCUUAGUCCUAACCUGACCCCCACCCUCAGUCCCAACAAACCUAGUGUGAAAGCUCAAGCCCAGAAGACCCCUUCACCAGGGAGCUCGACGCAGAGCCAGGCUCAGUCCGAGAAGCCAGGAGGGGAGAACAACGACUUCAGGGUGUACAUCGUCACAUGGAACGUGGGAUCAGCUGUCCCGCCAGAUGAUAUCACGUCUCUGUUUGGACCAAAUGUUGCAGAUGGGAGCAUCGACAUGUUUGUCAUCGGACUCCAGGAGGUCAACUCAAUGAUAAACAAGAGGCUGAAAGACGUUCUUUUUUCAGACCAGUGGAGUGAGCUUUGUAUGGACACGCUCAGUCCUUUCGGAUAUGUUCUGGCGGCGUCCCAGCGAAUGCAAGGCGUGCUCCUGCUCGUUUUCUCUAAAAUCUGCCACCUUCCGUUCCUCAGAGGUGUGCAGACGCAGAGCACACGGACGGGACUCGGGGGAUACUGGGGGAAUAAAGGAGGCGUGAGUGCAAGAAUGACGGUGUUCGGCCACCCGGUGUGCUUUCUCAACUGUCACCUGCCGGCUCACAUGAGGAACCUGGAGCAGCGGAUGGAAGACUUUGAAAGCAUCCUGCAGCAGCAGCAGUUCGAAGGCGGGACCGCCACUGGUGUCCUGGACCACGACGUCGUAUUUUGGUUUGGGGACCUAAAUUUCCGUAUUGAAGACUACGACAUCCAUGUGGUGAAAUGUGCCAUUGAAAGCAGCAAGCUGCCUCUUCUGUGGGAGCGGGAUCAGCUCAACAUGGCAAAAAACACAGAGUCCAUCUUGGAGGGCUUCAUGGAGGGACCACUUAAGUUUCCACCUACAUAUAAGUUUGAUGUGGGGACUCACACCUACGACACCAGUGCUAAGAAGAGAAAGCCUGCCUGGACGGACCGCAUCCUGUGGCGCCUUCGUCGCACCGGUUCCCCUGUCCCUACCCACAACGCAUCACUGCAGCGGGGUCUGACCUCCUGGUUGGGCGGAGCCACUAAAGUGAUACAGCAUAAGUAUCAAAGUCACAUGGGCUUCACCAUCAGUGAUCACAAGCCUGUUUCUUCAUUGUUCUCACUGCAAUUCCCGUUCAGGGUCGACCUUCCUCUGGUGGAGCUGCAGGUAAAUAAGGAGUGGUGCAACGCAUCAGACGCCACAGUCCGAUUCACUGUUGCUUCAACAUAUCAACGCAGCUCAUGGGACUGGGUAGCAAUAUACAAAGUGAGGUUCAGGCAUCACAAGGAUUACCAGGCGUAUGUCUGGGCCAAAGGAGAGCAUGCUACGCAGGUGACCUUCGCUGAAGAGGAUUUACCGAGAGAUGACUGUGAAUACAUCCUGGGCUACUUCAGUAAUAUCAUGAACAGUAUCGUUGGCUUGUCUUCACCCGUUCAGAUCAGGAUGCCAGCUCACAGCCCCACAGUGUGCCGCUCCGACAGCUCCAACGUCAGCUCAGAAGACGACAGCACCAUGGUUCUGCUGGUUCCAAACUCCCGCAGUCCGAGCCCAAAGACUGGCAAACGCCAUCACCGUCACCGCCGUAGUCGUAGCCCAGCCGUCCCCGCGCUCUCCUCCAACCCCCUCCCGGCCCUGCAGGGCCUCAGCCUGUGUCCCCGCUCCAAAGAGAGCCAGUCACGAAGCCGCUCGCCAUGCUCUGCUGCUAAGAAGGAGCGCCUGGUCUCCCCCGACACUGUGCCGUCUCCCACCAUCAGCCCCCUCAGCCCCCGCAGCCCAGUGUCUCCGGGCAGCGGGGUGACUGCGCCGGAGGCCCUGAUUGUAGCCAUCUUGGGUGAACACAGUCCAGCUCAGGUUAGCCCCACUGGGGUGAAGCAGAUUGGCAAGCAAGUCGAGACAGACACGAGAAAGACUAUAAGGAGGUAAAAUAGGAAGAAACGGCAGCGUGUACUCAUCCGAGAAAAGCUGCACAUGUAUCGACUCUAAUGUAGUUUGCAAACGUUCCACAGUUGCAGCGUUGCAGUUUCCUGUUAGUGACUCUCGCAUCAUCUCAUACAACUCUGUGCUGUUUGUAUAUCUUUGAGUCAAAAAUGUGAGCGGGCUCUCUAGGUGUUCUCAUGAACUCAGAAGCGAUAAUCUAAACGAGCUGAAUGUAAAAGCAGUCCGGGCAAAGUGGUGACAGACAGGACCAGUUAUCACUGAAAGCAACACGGAGCCAUGUAAGCAGUCUUGUAUCAAAGUAAGGACUCUGACCCAAUAUUGAUGGUGUCAUAGUUCACAGUUACGACAGGACGUGCCUCUGUGAAACCGAACAAUUUCAACUUAACUUAUUCAUUUGAGUGUGCUAAAACAUGCUGGGUUUCGCUCUGUAAGACAUUGUUUGUACACAGAUGUUUAGUUUCCGUGUCCAAAACUACACACGCGUCACGUCAGUGCUUACAUUUACAUGUGAACAGUAAUUCCAGGCCAAUGCUCUUAUUCUUCUUUGCAGCUUUGUGAAUGCGGACCCGGCUCGUCAGAGCUGGAUGCUGACACCCACUUAUUGUUUUCCAUCAAGGACAGAGUGUUGAUUUUAUUGUGCAAAUAAAAUGUGAGCGAAUAAACGAUAGAUAAUCACAUUUA